AUGUCUGCAGUCGCAUCAUACUUCCUGGAUCUUGUGUAUUCCCUGACCAACUGUAUGGUCUGCUUUCCGGGGACUCCUCAGCUCAAGAUCAAUUCGCGGAGUUUUAAGAUAUUGCGACUGCUAGGAGAAGGUGGCUUUUCCUACGUAUAUCUCGUCCAGGAUUCUACACAGCAACUCUACGCGCUUAAGAAAAUAAGAUGUCCAUUCGGCCAAGAAUCCGUCGCGCACGCUAUGAAGGAGGUGGAAGCCUACAGCCUAUUUGCACCCCAUCCCAAUAUAAUACACAGCAUCGACUACAGCGUAGCAUCAGAUAAAUCUGAUCCGGGCGCAAAAACCGUAUACAUCGUUCUCCCAUACUACAGGCGCGGCAAUCUUCAAGAUUUGAUCAAUGCGAACCUGGUGAAUCAUACGAAGUUUCCUGAGCGCAAGCUCAUGGUCCUAUUCCUGGGCGUGUGCAAAGCACUCAAGGCAAUGCAUCAAUACAAAGUCAAGGAAGGACCUGGUGGCGCACAGAGUCUGAACAAUGCGAAGAGAGUACGGAGAGAAGCCGCGGAGGCUGACGAUGAUGCGGAAGAGAUGGCCAUGCACACAAGGAGAAAAAAGGAGGAUAGGAAUACGGAAGAAGUAGAGGCGGAGCCGCUGAUGGAGGGAGAGGUCACAAUAAGCCAGGAGGGACAUGCGCCUGGGCAACAAAGGGCGUACGCGCAUCGCGACAUAAAACCUGGAAAUAUAAUGAUUGCGGACGAUGGUAGAGCACCUAUUCUUAUGGACCUAGGCUCUCUCGCGCCAUCACCAACGCCGAUCACGUCUCGUUCCCUUGCGCUAGCCGUCCAAGAUGAAGCUGGUGAACAUAGUACUAUGCCGUAUCGUGCACCCGAGCUCUUUGAUGUCAAGACUGGGAGUGUCGUUGAUACUAAAGUCGACAUAUGGUCACUUGGAUGCACUCUGUAUGCCUGUCUAGUGGGCAAGUCUCCCUUCGAAGCUCGCUCGGAAGAGACGGGUGGGAGCUUGAGCAUGUGUGUCCUUGGUGGUGACUGGAGGUUUCCAGACGAGGGCCAACAAAGAGGGAAGCAAAAAGCUAGCCCCGAAGAGGAAAUCAGCACCGAGGUGAAAGAAGUGGUGAGACGGUGUCUCGUGGUUGAGCCUAGUGAAAGGCCUGAUAUUGACGAGCUGAUUAAAGUCGUGGAGGAUGUAAUUGAGACCCUGCCUGCCGAUGGGGGUGACGACUAA